UCAUCCGUGCGCCGUUUCUGACGUACCGCGCGCCCAAUCGGUUCACAAACAACAGUUUCUCGGAAACCGUGACAAAAGAACCGGCAUCGAUAGACUGUGCGUGUGGUACUGGCGAAAGUGUGUGCUGCCCCUGCUGUGUCCGCGGCCAACCUUUGGCGGGCCCCGUGUCAGGACGUGAAUCCCCCGGCCAGCAGCGUAGCCCCAAUCAACCCCGAAGAGGCGAACGACCAUCAAACACUUCCCCACACAGUCGGCUCACAGAGAAGACAACGCUCGGCCUUGGGCAACGCGAAAGCAAAAAAAAAAAGCGCGCAACUACUUGGCGUGGCGAGAUAGAAGAGUGUGUGUGUGUGUGUGCUCGACGGAACGAAAACAAGCGGGUUUCUGGUGCGAGCGAGCUAGGAGCGAGCACCGUCGCCAAGCCGGCCCGAAACGCUCGGCCGUGGGAAGAAGGGAAGGAACGGCAUGGGAGACCUGCUCGCGUUGCUAAAUGAGAUCAACAGUACCGAGACGGACAUGGAGUUUUGCGAAGAUUUCAACCGGCUGCAGCUUAUCCUGAACAACACCAACCAGUUCGUCCGCUCGUUCGACCGGAUCGUCUUUCACAGCGGAAAUGAGCCGUACAUCAUCGAGGUGGUCGCCCGGCUGCUCAAGUAUCUGCGCGUCCAGAACUAUCUCGACGAGGAGAACAAGGUGAACGGGCAGUACGAGCCGGAGCUGCGCCGGAUCACGAUGUACCUGCUGCUCAACACGGACGUCAGCUUCCGGUACGAUCUCGAGCAGGACGCGCGCGUCAACCAUCUGCUCAACAGCCUGCCCCAGCUGACCAAGUGCCUGCUGAUGAACUGCAUCUGGGGCCUGGAUCUCGACCGGUUCUUCUACGAGAUGCUGCGGUACGCGCCGCCCUGGUUCUCGAUGCAGUUCAUCGACCAGGCGACCGCGAGCCUCGACUACGGCCGCCCGUACGAGGUGCUCGAGCGGGUCGAGUCGAUGGUGGUCGCGAUCUACUUCGCCAUCUGCCGCACGGACGUCGACCUGCGCGAGGUCAACCGGGCCCGGCACGUCGACCAGCAGCGCACGCUCGGCAAGCUGUACGACUACGUGGUGGAGAUGCUGCGCUUCUUCAACAAGCCGGACGUGGCCAAGUUCGAGCGGUGGUCGAAGCUGCGCAAGCACCGCUACUUCGGCUUCGUGGUGAAGCACAUGUUCAGCAUGACGAUGGCCUGCCUGGAGCGGUACUACCGCCGGCCGGCCAUCCCGGUCGAUCCGGCGAUGUCGGUCUACCAGCUGAUGGACGACCGGCACGUGCACAAGCCGUCCCCGGCCGAGUACUCGCCCGCGUCGGACGCGACGCUGCUCAAGAUCAACCACUGUCUGCUGAACACGCUCGAGUUCUGCAUCAUGCACGUGACGCUCGAGCGGUUCUGCUACUGGGCCGAGAUCGACCUGUUCGGCGAGGGGGACGAGGCGGUCACGCUGCAGCAGGUGAUCGGCGAGUCGGCGUACCGGCUGUGCGAGGACCUCAAGUCGCACAAACACUUCCGCCACAGCAUCCUGCGCCACCUGACGCAGUUCGCGCUGCGGCCGAAAACGCUCGCGGAAAAGGCGACCGGCCUGACGCUGGGCGCGCUGAUGGCGCGCAUCGACGCCGCCGGCACGGACGAGGACCGGCUGGUGUAUUUGGGCGAGUUUCUGUCGCGCGGUGGGCGCGUCCUGGACGUUGCGGAGUGUCUCGACACGAUCGAGCAGCACUGCCGCCUGCUCAACGGGGCGCACGUGCGCAUGAUGAUCGAGUACGACGUGCGCGAACCGGUUGGGGACGAGCUGGAGGACGAGGAGGAAGAGGACGAGGAGCGGGACGAGCUGACGGACGAGCGGGUCAAGCUGCGGGAGCUCAUCCUGCGUGCGGUGGACGGGCUGCCCGCGCCCGAGUUCGAGCGGCUGCUCUGCUACACGCUCGACACGUUCGGGCCGGACUUUAGCCGCUACGAGCGGCCCGACCUGGUGCCGUCCAUCGUGCAGCUGGUGAACCGGCUGGCGGAGCAGCAGCAGACCGUGCCGAACGUGCAGCAGCUGCUGUUCCAGUCGCCGGGCAAGUUCUUCGACCGGCUGGUACGGGCGCUGUACGCGGGCGGGACGGGCACCUCCCAGGAGCGGCUGGCGGAGGCGGUGGUCGCGAUCAUCGCGCAGCACAAAACGAUCGCCAAGCGGUACAUGCGCCCGCACCUGGCCGCCCUGCUGACGGACGAGUUCGAGCUGUGCCGCCAGCCGGCGCUCAGCGUCUUCGCUAGCCGGCUGUUUGCGUGCGGCCUGUACACGCCGGUCGAGUUCGUGGGCCAGUUCCUGGCGAAGGGUUUGGCCGAAUCGUUCCAGAAGAACAACCGGCCGGCACUGUACGAGCUGAUACGCCUGUACGGUGCGAUCUGUCCCCGGUGCUGGGCGACCGACGAGCCGAACGACGGCGGCGAUGCCGCGUACGAGUCGAGCGAGCCGAAGCGGUCGCUGAUGCGCAGGGUCGCCCGGCUGCUGGCCGACAUCCUGCACAUGAGACGCUACCACAUGGCCAUCAGCGAGAAGGUGCAGGAGGUCGGGCCGGAUCGUGCCACAAUGGUGGCGGCCGCGCUCGAGCAGCUGGUCGCCACGCUCCGGCAGAUGCAGAAGCAGUUCCGCGACGCAGACAAGACGGAGUUUCUCGAGCGCAUGGAGCAGGAGGUGGACGCCAGCACGCUCUACUACAUCCACCAGUUUCUGUAUCUGGAGCCACCGCCGCCGGAGGUGGACGAUCUGCUGGACGGCGAGUUCGACGACAUACCGCAGCCGGUGGAGAAAAAGAAGGAGCAACCGAAGCAGAUUGCGUACGAGGCCUUUAUGUAUCGCACUUCGCUCAACCCGUCCUCGGACGAGAACGACAUCCUGAGUCACCUUCUGAUGGUAUUUCCCCGCUGCAUACUGCCGGAGGUGCUGGCGCUCGCCCGGGACAAGCGGGUCGGUACGUACAUUCCAGCGAUGGCCGACCUGGGACUGACGCACAUCCUGAAGGGCUCGAAGCACGGCGGCCUGAUACGCCACUGUGCCAGCAACUUCAUCGCCUGUCUGCUGCAGGUGCUGCUGCCGGCCCAGGUCAAGCGCGGUCGCGGUAUCGACGACGCGUGCCAGAACGCGAUCCGGAUCGUGCUGCAGCAUCUGAGCACGCUGGAGCCGUGCCACGACCGGGACCAGGCACGGGCAGCGCUGAGCGCCGAUCUGGCCGAGCUGUACCGGUACGUGCGGACGGUCGCACCGUCGGUCGCCCUGCUGGACCAGCUCAAGGCCUGCCUGACGGACGGGUGCUACGAGCAGGAGCAGCGUAACGACGGCGAGGAGCAGCAGCAGCAGCAGCAGGAGGAGAAAAUGGAGCAGGAAGCGAAGGAGGUGGAGGAAGAGGUGGGAGGGACAGAGGACAUGGACACGAGCGAAAAGAAGGAGCAAAAUUCGUAACGCGAGCAGCGGGGCGGCGUCUCAACUACUACACGGGUUUGUUGUGUGAUGGUCCGAAACAGUGCUGCAAAAUGUCACUGUCGAUGUCAUAAACAAAAAAAAAUCCAUGUCAGCGUCACGUAUUCAAUAUUGAUAAUCAGAGGUGAUACUCAAAACGAUUGGUGUGACCAAUGCAUGCUUCGUGACAGUUUUGCGACCAACGCCUGGUCAGUCACAAUGUCAUGACUUUUUUGUUGUUGUUGCUGUGAUCAAUUCUGCAAAAUGUCACUGACAUGACUAUGUCAUGACGCACUUUCGUUUCGA